AUGACUGAUGUGGAACGACCUUUCGACUCGGAAUCCUUCCAUGGCCACCCAAUGGUCAACCAAAUCUUCGAGCCAGCCUCGAUGGAGACGUUCAAGUCCUCACACGAGAGAAAAUCAAAGCUGUCUAAAGACGCGCUUCAUGCCAAGCUGGAAAGGGAAAAUCGACGUCAGGAGAAACAAAUGGAGCGCCACAAGAUGCACCAAGAUGUCAAGGAUCGACUAGAACAAGAACAAUACCAGAACGAACACACCCAACGCCAAAUGCACCAGCUUCGCGACUCGCUUCAAAUUCGGCGCACGCAUGCCGACAAGGCUGAACAGGAUAUCGAAACGCUCACCGCAAGUCUUGCCGCAGCUGCUGAACAAGAGGAAAAGAUGGCCGUCGACCUUGCCAAGGUCCAAGUGGAAGUCAACGCGUUCCAAGGAAGGAUGAAAGCGGCACAAGAAGAAGUACAACGAGCCCGGGAUAUGAUCGAAGAAAUUACUGCCGCAAGAGACAAAGCCCGCGAAGAGGCGCGUCAAUUACGUGAGGAACGGAGAGAAGUGUCUGAACAAAAGAGACUGGAUGAGGCUCGACGCGAGGGCAUGAUGAAGGGCAAACUGGAGGGCAUGUAUCUUGGAUGGGAAGAUGGAAAAGUUGAAGGGUACAAAGAAGGGCGGAAAUAUGGCUCGCAAGAUCAAUACGAGCAUAUGCGGAACAAGCAGUGGGAGCCGCUGCGACGAGAGUUUCCCAACUAUGAUCGUUUCGAAGAGCGUAUUCCCUCCCCGGAUAGCACCUACGAUGGUCGAAUCCCCGAGAGGCUACGAUCUCUCGAGGCUCCCAUCAUCAUCCCGCAAAGUGUACCACCACCGCUAAGCGUUCAAUUUGACGAGCGAGACCGCAUGUUCUUGCAGCCAGUGCAAUCGUCUCCAGAAUCGAUACAUCAGACGCUCCCACCUCCCGUACCGAUGCCGCGCCCACCAUCACGACAUGCCGACGAAACGCCCAACACAUACCCGCCAACGCUCGAUAUCCCACCGCCAAAGCCCAUUUUCGAAACGGAUGAAACUCAGUGGAGACCUCCACCACGGCCUGAUGCAAUUAGGCGGGAUGGAACCUUCCGAAAUAUUGGAGAACGGUUCAGGAGGAAGCCAGAGGAAAUCACUCAUGCGCCAGAAGAUAUGGAUUUUGCGCCAAUCGCACAAUCAUUACCCUACCCAAGCGUAGCGACGCCUUUACCACACAGAGAGACGAUACAACCUGGACGAGCCAUGCCAUCUCCAGGGCCCUCACUCUAUAAUUAUGGAAGGAGACGAGAAGAGGAAAACGACGAGGCAUUCUUCCGAGAACAGGAACGGCGAAGACGGGAGAUAGAGAGAGAGGAUGCAGAGUAUCGCGAAAAUCACUCGGGCGGCAAGCCUACCAUGUUCCGUCGUCUUACGCAAAGAGUGAGAGGAGGCAGCACCUCUCAAGUACCUUAUGACCCAACGGAUCCCCGUGCAUACCAAGACGUGGUUCCGACACCUGACGCCGACAAGUAUCACAGCGUAGAACCAUCUCCUGCUCCUUCUCCUGCUCCUUCACCCGGUCGCAACUUUAGGGAUCUCAAUACCCCUAUUGUUCCGAAGCCCUAUCAACCACCACCUUCACCACAGCAUGGUCCUCUAAGUGCUAUCCCGGACAACUAUAUUCCGCAUCUCGAAGGCGAUGGAGGUAUCAGUUUGCCUCCCCCUCACGAAAUGCAUGGGAGUGCCAUGCAGAGUGCCAUCACUCUCGCCGUUGGAGGGAGCCGCAACCCUAGCAGGAACCCAAGUCCAGCACCAAGUCCACAGCAGCGUCCGAGGAGUGUUCAGGAUAAUCGAGAUAUCAGUCCUUCCCGUCGCAUCCUUUCAAACAUUGGCGGCAGUGUGAAGCAUGCCGCUAGCGCGGUGGCCCAUUCGAUACCAUCACGUUCCAAGAUGAAUGCAGAAUUCAGAGGUCGAAGCCGGAGUCCUGCCCGAAGUCGAAGCCCUCAAAUAGUUCAGAUUCCCAGAGACAGAUCAAGGUCUCGCUCUCGUCCUCGAAGUACAAUCUUCGACGACCCUUAUAUUCACCCUGUACAACGUCAACCAGAGGAUAUUCAAAUCGGGCCAGAUUUGUCGUUUGGGGGUAGCUCUGAGAACAUCGACGCUGAUGGUGCAUUUGCCUCCCGUGGCCGAAUGCCUGUGCGAAAUAGUAUGGCAAUGUCACAGAUGACUGGCAGGAGCUCCCCUAUCAGCCAGAUGUCCAUUCUGUCGAUGGGGCCAUCCGGCGCGCUGGGACUCAGUCGUGGAGGCGAGGGUCGUGAGUUGGGUUUAGCGACGUAUCCGAAUGUCAGUGCAACCAACCUCAGUAUGAUUGAAGAGGAGCGCGGAAGACAUAGCAGCUACAAUCGAUCCCCUAGCCCCGACUUUCCCCAUCAACCUAUGCCCGGCUUUGGGCAUGAAGGGCUAUCAUCCUUUUCUGGUCGACCAUCUGCUGGACAGCGUCAGUACAGUGAUAGCACUAUUGGUGUGCGAGGUGCUGGCGAAGAUCUUGGUGGUGGAUGGGAGCAGAAUUCUAGACAUCCUCCACAUACGCCAUCUUCAAUUGCUGGCCCUGCUGCUCCUGUCAAAACCCCUCGUCCAAUGGAUCCAAAUCAUCCAUGGAGCAAACGACCGACUCCGUCAAAGCUGAUGAUGCCAGCGCUUCUCAGUCCACAAUCCCAAGCAUCGUCAUCAAAAGGUGGCUUUGCUGGCAUCGGAGCAGGAGGUGGAUACGGUGCACAUCGUCGAGCCGCUAGUGCCAGUGUCACUGGGCUCGGUCUCGGUGGGCCUCCAAGCUUUGCGAGCCCUCAAGCUUCCUUCCGCUAUUCUGUUGCAGGCUCGGUAGCCGGAAGCGAAACUGGCAAGCCUCCUAUAGCACCUAAACCGCAACCACCAGUCCGACGGAGUAAGACUGGUGCCAUCAUCCUGGAUGACCCGCCACCGAACGAGAAUAGCCCGUAUCAGAACCCCGGUCAUGUAGCCACACGCUCAUGGAGCGGUGAACAGCGUCAGAUCGGCCGUACAAUGCCCUCUCGAUCGCGGGGUGACUCGAACACACACCUCGUAACAGUCGAAGAACGUUCUCCGUAUAUACAAGGCCCCGAAGCCCGAGGAUCGACAGGAUCGAUCCAGAGCGUCCAUUCCAACCGCCUCAAAUUUGAUGAAAAUAACUAUGUCGACCCUGCAUUCCUCAUCGAGCCGGAUAUCCGUACUGCUGUCGAGCAAACCCUGGCUCAGCCUCCGCCACCUGCUGAUGAACCUCCAAAGGCAGUCACAGCGAAGCGAGCAAAGAGGGUUUCUAAUGUCCUUCGUUUUGGAAAGAAGAAGUGA